AUUUAGUUGCUGUCAUAGGAAGCAAGUACUUGAUUCAUGCUAUACAUACAUUAAAAAAAAAAAAAUCAUUGAAGUUAAACUGUGAUUUGUUAUUGCCAAUUUCGUUAAUCCUUUGAUAUGCGAGAGUUGGGAAGAAUGGGACUGCUACAUCUUUAUCUAUUUCUAAUUUCUUCAUUAGAAAGAGCCUUUUCUUGAUCCUAAUUAUUACACCAAAUAUAAUGUUAUUUGUGUUUAAAACAGAAAAUUGGAUUUUCAUGCCUCGGAAAAUAAUGGAUCCAUAUGCUGAAGAAACUAAACCUGCAGGAUCUGCUUCUACAAAUGGCUUACAACCUAAACCAUCAUCAAAUCAAGCCUCAAAUGGAGAAUCAUUAUCAGAAUUUGUCUCUCAAUUAGACAAUUAUCCAUCAUCUAUACCAGAUUCUGUUGCUUCUUUCUUCAUGCAGUCUGCUGGACUUCCAACUCCUGAUCCAAGAAUCCUUAGACUGAUAUCAAUUGCUGCUCAUAAAUUUGUAAUUGAUAUUGCAAAUGAUGCAAUGCAACAUUCAAAAGCUAAAGUUACAGACCAGGCGGAAAGAACAAAAAGAAGCAAAGGACCUGUUCUAACCAUGGAUGAUCUUUCUGCAUCUUUAGCUGACCGGGGUAUCAACGUUAAGAAGCCCCCAUAUUCAAAGUAAUAGAAGGGGGAGAAAAAACAAUAAUGUGAUAGCCGUAUUUUUUGUAGUAUUAUUAAUCGGCUGCAAUGGGACCUGAUGGACAUGAUGCUUGGUUAAUGUUUCUACCAAUUGGUGUAGUAUACAAGUUUAGAGAAAUAUGUUGCUCUCAUCAUAUGACCAUAAUUCUGAAUUAUGAGGUUCAUUUUGUUAUGUAGCUUUAAAAAUAAGAUAUUAAUACAACUAAACUUAUAGCACUGUGAAUUGCUACUUAUGUCAGAAAAACUCUUAUUGGUCGUCACAAAUUGUUGGGGGUGUUGAUCUUAAGUUUUGGUUUGUAUUGGUUUUUGUUUUAUAUUUCAAUAUCUAUUCUGAUGAAUGAAUGUAAGUCUGGCAAACAUAAAAUAUGUUAUCAAAAGUUGGUUGUUUUCAUGUUCUUAUGGUAUUAGAAAAGUGGAAUAUUGUCAUGUUUAAUCUUAUUUCAAAAGUUAACAGAUCCAUCCAUAAUACCUUUCAUGUAGCUUUAAAAUGUAUGUCUGUAUGCCAAAUUUAUCAAUACCUAGAUAAUGAAAUUUU